AUGAUUCAACAUCCAGGAAUCAAGAAUGAAACAGCAAUUAUUUUGAAAGGACUUCAGGGAACAGGUAAAAACAGAUUUACAGACAUUAUUUCUGAACUCCUCGCUGGUUAUUCAUGUAAAAACAUUACUGAAAUAAGUGAGCUAACGGGUAAUUUCAACUCAGUAGUUGAAAAUAAAAUGUUUCUUGUACUUAAUGAACUCAAGAAUGUAGGUGAAGACAGACUUGCAAACUUCAACGCUUUGAAAUCAAUUAUUACGGAUAAUCAAAUUAGAAUUAAUGAAAAGAAUCGACCCAGAAGAACAGCUCAGAAUGUUGCAAACUUUAUUUUCGUAACUAACAACGUCUACCCUGUCAAAAUUGAAGUUGGAGACAGAAGAUACGUAGUUUUAAGGGUUAAUGGUAAAUUUAAGGGUCAAUUUGAUUACUUCAAGAAUUUAAUGGAUUCAUGCACAAAGGAAUUUUAUGAUAACCUUUUAACAUAUUUUAUCAAUUACGACCUUUCAUCAUUUAAUGUACGAAUCAUACCGAUGACUGAAGCCAAACAAGAUUUAAUUGAAUUAUCAUCAAAUCCUUUAGAUGUAUGGAUAAAUACACAUUAUGAUGAAUUGUGUGCAGGUAUGACGUGUGAAAAUGCUCUAUUCUGCAAACCAUCAGACAUGAAAGACAAGAAUUUCCAAAUGAGCAUUAAGGAUAAAUGUGAUAGGAAACAGGUAAGAAUAGAUGGUAAACAAACAUGGUGUUAUGUUUUGAAAGAAGAAAUGAAAGGAUUAUAUAAACAGGUUGAACCAAACGAUAAUGAGGAUUCAUUUACUGACG